CGUUGUUUGUAUUUUUCAUCAAAAGAGCAAAAUAGAAAAAUAAUUAAAAAAAAGAUAAUAUUUUAUACAAUUGGCAAAAUGUAGUUUAUAUUUACAAAAACUUUAAUUAAGCAUAAUUUUUUUACUAAAUUUGUUAAAAAUAAAUUAAAAAACUAUUUUCACAAUCAUGGCCAUGCUGUGGAUGGAAACCUACUUUUUGUACUGUUCUGUGCGUUUAGGUGUUAUGGCCAUUUCUAUUUUGGCAUUCAUUUCUCUUUUCAUACCAUCAAUAUUAUUCUUUGUCAUGGGCGCAGCAGUAUUGGAACCAAUUUUAAAACUUUUUACCGACGAUGAACACUUUAGUAAACAUCCAAUUGUUUUAGCAUUUACUGAUAAAGUAGAUUUAGAUGCCAACAAGCUGAUGGUACUAUUUCAAUUAUAUUUCUUUGCACAUAUGACGGCAAGUGUUUUAGCAUUUUACGGCGCGUUUAAAGGUAUUCUUAAAAAGUACUUCCUUUUGCCGUUGAUCUUUUUUGAAUUCUGUCGCGUUAUCUAUUGUCUGGCUUGUCAUAUUUUACUUAUGACAGUUUCUAAAAGUCGUCUAAAUCUUGGUAUGUUAAUAACCACCACAUUGGCUGGAGGUUUCCUAAUACUUUUUCUUGGCUACAAUUGGGCCACCUGUGUGGCUUUAUAUCAAAUCAUCACCCUUAUUAAUAGUGAACGUUAUAAGGCCUUAUAUGGAGAUGAUCCCUUCAAGCCGCUAAUACCCAAAACCUAUAAUCCUAUGGUUACCGAAAAUGUCCAUGUUCUAAUAACACCCAAUAGUCAUGAUAUUGAUGAACAGAAAAAACGUAAUGCUUUAUUAAAUGCCGCUAACCGAAACGUCAACAACCCGCAACCCAUAAUUUCGGUGUUGCCAAUAGAUUAUUUGGAAAAUAAUUUAAAUUCCAAUAGGAAUAAUGUAAAAUGGAAAGAAAGUCAAUGGCCUACUACUACGGUGCAAACACCACCAGAAUCACAACGUUAUCCGCCGCCCACAGGUUAUAAUACCUCUCAAAGACGUAAUGAAAAUAGCUUCAAAGUUAAUUAUAAUAAUUGGCAAUGGUCGGAAUUGGCACCGGCGGUAUCAGCUAGAAAUAAGAAAAAUAUUUAUAUGGGUUCAAGAUGGAAUUAUUAAAGAGAGAGAGAGAGA